UCUCGCUCUGUCUCUCUCUGCAGUCAAACAUGGCGGAGAUCAAAACGGGAAUUUUCGCUAAAAACGUCCAGAAACGUCUGAACCGCGCGCAGGAAAAGGUUCUGCAGAAACUGGGAAAAGCAGAUGAGACCAAAGAUGAGCAGUUUGAGCAGGUGGUCGUUAACUUCAGGAGACAGGAGACUGAAGGGUCUCGCCUGCAGAGGGAGAUGAAGUCCUACAUGUCUGCUAUCAAAGGAAUGCAACAGGCGUCCAUCAACCUGACCAAGUCCCUGCAUGAAGUCUACGAACCAGACUGGCACGGAAAAGACGACGUCAUGUCCAUCGGGAAGGACUGUGAUGCAUUGUGGGAAGACUUCCAUAACAAACUUGUGGACUCGACACUGCUGAACUUGGACGAGUACCUGCAGUUUUUCCCCGACCUAAAGACUCGAGUUUCAAAGAGAAGUCGUAAACUCAUCGACUACGACAGCGCUCGCCAUCACAUGGAAACUCUUCAGGUGUCUGGGAUGAAGAAUGACAGGAAGAUGAUUAAGGCAGAAGAAGAACUGAAAAAGGCUCAGAAAGUGUUUGAUGAGCUGAACGUGGGUCUGCAGGACGAGCUGCCAACACUCUGGGACAGUCGUGUUGGAUUCUACAUCGGCACCUUUAAAAGUGUCACGAGUCUGGAGGCAAAGUUUCACAGAGAGAUUUCUCUGGUGUGCAGGCAGCUGUACGAGGUCAUGACUAAACUGGCAGAGCAGCACUCGGACAAAAUGUUCACCAUCCAAGGAGCACCGAGUGAUUCAGGGCCGUUAAGACUUGAAAGAACUCCAUCGCCACCAGAAGACGAGUCUCCACUGGAGAGUCCUGAUGUGUCCUCCAAUCACAUGCUGCGUCCUGUCUCACCUGGACCACCAAGACCCAAGUCUCCCACACAGUUUAAAAAGGGACCACCGGUGCCGCCUCCUCCUCCAAAGGCCACCCCCACCAAGGAAGUAGCCGAGGAGCAGAUCAUCGAUCUGUUUGGAGGAGAGUUUUUCGCAGCACCUUCAGCAUCUCAGCCCAACGAAAGACCUGGAGAAUCUCUUCUGGACUUGGACUUCGAUGCUUUUCAGUCGGAUGAAAGUGUUUCUCCAAUACCUCAGACUGACGUUCCCUGGGAUAUGUGGACGGCAAACUCUCAAACAGCUCAGCCUUCUGCCGACGCUGGUUUUGUUGCUGACUGGUCUGCAGACUUUGGUUCAAUGUCAACAAAUGGAGACACUUGGACAGCUGAAGCUCCUGUUUUGCCCGCUGAAGGACCAGUGGACACACAGGGCGGGGCACAGGCAGACUGGUUUCGGCCGGGUGGAGACAUCGCUUUAUCUCCUCAGGACAGUGAAGUGACCACAGCAGAAAACCAGGAAUCACCUGCUCCAGAAUUGCAUGCUGCCUUUGAUGAGAAGAAUGAAGAUGCUGAAUCAACUGAGGCUGCAGAAGAAACAUCUGCUGCCACGACACAGGAGUUAGACGAACCUCCAACGGUAACUGCUGGAGAACAACAUGCAACGCCCCCUGCUGGUGAGGCGGAGGAACCUGCUCUUCCUUGUGCCAAGAACGUACCAGAACAUGUUCAGAGUCCAAGGGAUGAAAAACCUGCUUCCAUAGAUGAAUCUCCAGCUUCUGAAACAGUAGAUUCUGUGCAGGAGAACAUGUCCAUCCCCUCUGUGGUGAUUGAACCUGCAUCCAGUAAUGAAGGUGAUGAUGAUCGUGACGCUGACAUCAUCUCUCCCACCGUCACCAGUGAUCACCAUGACAACGUCCAACACAUGAGUCCAUCAGACUUUCUCUACAAGGUAACAUUUAAGGUUGUGGGCUUGAAUCCCAGCUCAGCUCUUCUGCAUACCGAUGUUUCCUUGGGCAAAUAUUAACCCCACAUUGGUCCU